AUGACGAAUUCCCAGACCCUCCAGCCAACGCAACACCAUCCACUCUGACUAGAUCCAGAUUCAGGUCCUCUCAAGACAGACUUCAUUGGAUCCACACUCAAGAGGACUCUACCAGGUUUUCCUGGCCUUGCUACAUUGCUGUAAAGUGCCAAGGGCUUAAGACUUGGGUACGUGUAUUGCAACGGCAAGAGUGCCAGCACCAACAAAAGAUUCAUUGGACCUAUCAGCUCCUCUGCUUCACCAAGCAUAAUAACCUUACCAACAAAGCAGAAUAUGUCAAGUGCCUCUGUGUGACACCACCACCAGCUGAUAACGUGCAAGAAAAAAAUAAUUUAGUAUAGAGUCCUGUCUUUUCUUGAGAAGCUGGGAUUAGAAGGAGCUGUUUGAGGUCCGUGCUGCUAGUAAGUGACAACAUUAUAGACUGGAUCGGUCCCUGAGUUCAGAGACUGAGUUGCAAUUGAGUGAAAAAUAGACAACGAAAUCUUGAAGAAUUGCACUGAAGUGCAAGCCAAAUUUAAAAAUCUUCAAGUAAUGCUGGUUGAACUGAGAAAUUGCUAAGCCACGCCUGUAACAGAACUGAUUAUUUUGAGUGUGUCUGUCAUUGUUGCCUCUUUCUAUUAUAUUGCUCCUGUGCUGUCUUUCUAAGUCCAGAUGUUCUCUGAUAACUCACAUUGCCCUGAUUGUGGGCAACAGUGGUUCCCUAGUUUAGAACUAGGCCAUUGGUUGUACCAAACUGAACUUGUGGAAAAUGAGUGUUACCAAGUCUUCUUAGACCGUAUUAACAGAGCUGAUUAUUGCCCUGAAUGUUAUCCUGAUAAUCCUGCCAACAGAAGCCUUGUUCUUCCUUGGUCUUUCCCACUUGAGUGGGCUCCCCAAAAUCUCACCAGGUGGACCUUUGAAAAAGCUUGCCAUCCAUUUCUUCUGGGUCCUCCACUAGUUAGAAAAAGGAUACAUGACUCCAGAGUAGCUGGUUUUAACCCUGCAUUACAAUUAAUUUUGACCAGAACAGAUAAAACCCUAAACAAAAAACUUGGCCAAAACAAGUAACUUUUUUAGCAGUCAAAAUCGUGGAGACUGUAGAAGGUUUUGUGCUAGUAGCCCAGGGAAUAUGAAAAAAUAAUUC